UCUCCCUCCCUGCCCCACCUGUUGCAGUGAGGGAAGAGGGAGGGGGGAAAAGGAAAGAGAGGUGUACCGCCUCAAACCUGCACAGAGCAGCAAGAUGUUAGUAAAACAGAAACUCACCGUCUGACCACCUGGAUACUUUUUUAGUAGAAGAUACAGGAUUUCCGAGGAGGAACGUUCACCAGAACCUCUCUAUAGGACCUGCAGGGAGGCCAAAACCAGGAGCUGUGCCACGCUACACUGGACCCAUUCAGAACAGACCUCCCUAAACUGUACCACCUUAGACAAGACCACUUUAAAACGGACCACUUCUCCACCCAAAACACCUUUUGUCAUCAACAUCAUCAACAGCUACUCCCAGACCCUGCCCCGCCUCCAAGUGCUGGUGCUGCAGCAUCUGAACAUGAACCACUUCUGACGCCCACUACAGGCACAGUGCAGUGUGAGCAGCCUCACAGAUGUUUCGGAAAAAAGCAUCUUCCUCGUUGAGAAUGAGAAGAAUAUCAGAAAGCGCUAGAUGGAGUAUUGACCGCGGCCGGAGUUUGUCCUUCCAUGAGGUGCGUAGCCAGCGGGAGGCAGAGAUGAGGGCUGCAGCGGAGGAGUCAUCCAACAGCAGCAGCAGUGUGGGGGGUGGAGGUGGAGGAGGAGGUGGCAGCAGCAAUGUCCUGCAGCGCCUCCUGCAGGAGCAGAUGAACCGUAACUAUGUCCUGCAGCAGCAGCAGCAGCACCACCACCAACAACAACAACAACAACAGCAGCAACAACAGCAGCAACAGCAACAGCAGCAACAGCAACAACAGCAAGUAGGAGGGGGAGGAGGUGGCGGAGUUGGAGGAGGUUACUCAGGACAGGGUCAAGGACAGAUCAGCCUCCCUGAUGACCACUCUUUGACCCCCCACAUUGCCCGGCAGGAACCCCAAGGUCAGGAGCUGCAGACGGACAGUGGUGUGGAGAAGCUGGGCUCCAGCAGAGGAGGUGGAGGUAGCAGUGGAGGAGGUUUGAGCUUCCAGGGGCAGUGUCAAAACCCUGAGGACCUCCCGACGUACGAGGAGGCCAAAGUGCAGUCUCAGUAUUUCCGGGGUCAUGGUCCUCCUCCUUCUCAGCCUCCGCUACAGAACAACGCUCCCCAGCAGCCUCCCCACCCCAACUCCGUGGGAGCCGCCUUCUAUGUCACGGGGAUGACCAAUGCGAAGGUGCGCACGGAGGGUCGUCCAACGGUGCAGCGGGUCAGUGGAGCGGGGAAGGUGCACCAGGACGACGGGCUCAAAGAUCUGAAGCAGGGCCACGUUCGCUCCCUCAGUGAACGCCUCAUGCAGCUCUCCCUCGCCACAAGCGGGAAGGCUCACGCUCCCGUUACCAGUGCCCCACUCUCCCCCUUGCUGCCCCCCCCCGGGCCUCCGGGCGACUACUACAAGCCGCAGCACCGGGGCCCGCCUCCGGACUACCCCUUUAAAGGAAUGAGCUCUCCCUCUAAGCAACAGGACUCUGGAGGCCACUUCUACCAGGAGCAGAGAGGGAGGGAGCACUCCAGGGAGGUGCCCCAUGUCAGAUACCAGCCCCCACCUGAGUAUGGCUCCUUCAGGUCAAGUAAGGAGGGGUCACUUCAUUCCCAGAGGACCCUCCACCAACACAGUCCCACCUCCUCCGUCACCUCCGUGGGGUCCUUAUCUCGCGCUCAGUCCUCCACCCUCAGCAGCAUGCUCAGUGCCUCCCACUCCUCCCACCCAUCCUUCCCUCACCAGCACCCCCAUAACCAGGGGGAGCCCUUUCCCACAAUGGGACCUCGCAGUCCAGGCUCCCACCCUGGAGGAGAGAGCUUCACAAUGGCGUCGAUGCACCAAAUGCCACCCAGAGGUCAUGCCUUAGCUCAAGACCCCUACGGCUCCACCCACAGGAUGCACCAUCAGCAGCAGCAGCAGCAGCAGCAGCAGCAGCAGCAGCAUCAGCAGCAGCAGCAGCAUCAGCAGCAGCAGCAGCAGCAGCAACAGCAGCUUUACCAGCACCACCAACAACAACAACAACAACAGCAACAGUUUACAGGAAACCCUCCUCCCAUGCUCCAGCCGCCUGUCCAGGCUGCACAUUUCCCCCACCCACACUCCUACUCUCACAUGCAGGGGGAGCCGGUUGCUAUAAUGGCUCGGGCUCAUCAGAUGGUGGACGUGCUGACAGAUGAGAACAGGAUGCUGAGGCAGGAGAUGGAGGCCUGCCGCGAGAAAGUCACCAAGCUGCACAAGCUGGAAACGGAGAUCCAGUUGGUUUCAGAGGCUUAUGAGAACUUAGCCAAGUCCUCCUCUAAGAGGGAGGCGCUGGAGAAAACUAUGAGGAACAAGCUGGAGCUGGAGGUGCGCCGGCUGCAUGACUUCAACAGGGACCUACGUGAGCGCAUGGAGACUGCCAACAAACAGCUAGCUGCUAAAGAGUGUGAAGGCUCAGAGGACAACCGCAAAACCAUCUCCCAGCUGCUGACUCAGAAUAAAGAGACGCAGCGUGAGAAGGAGAAGCUGGAGAUGGAGCUGAACGCUCUGCGCUCCACUACGGAGGACCAGAGGAGACACAUUGAGAUCAGAGACCAGGCGCUCAACAACGCUCAGGCCAAAGUAGUCAAACUUGAGGAGGAGCUUAAGAAGAAGCAGGUGUAUGUGGAGAAAGUGGAACGGAUGCAGCAGGCUCUGGCUCAGCUUCAGGCAGCCUGUGAGAAGAGAGAACAGCUGGAGCAUCGCCUCCGUACCAGACUGGAGAGGGAGCUGGAGUCUUUACGCAUGCAGCAGCGUCAAGGCGGCUCUCAGAACAGCGGUGUAUCCCCCUCCGAGUACAACGCCACAGCCCUCAUGGAGCACCUGAGGGAGAAGGAGGAGCGGAUCCUGGCUCUGGAGGCUGACAUGACCAAGUGGGAGCAGAAGUACCUGGAGGAGAGCGUGAUGAGGCAGUUCGCCCUGGACGCUGCUGCAUCAGUUGCCACUCAGAGGGAUCGGUCUUCAGCCAUCAUCUGUCACUCUCCCAGCAGCAGCUACGACACAUCGGUGGAGGCUCGAAUUCAGAAGGAAGAAGAGGAAAUCCUGAUGGCGAACCGACGGUGUCUGGACAUGGAGAGCAGGAUUAAGAAUCUCCAUGCGCAGAUCAUAGAGAAGGACGCCAUGAUCAAAGUACUCCACCAGCGCUCCAGGAAGGAGAAUUUGAAGUCGGACGUCCCGUCUGCCAUGAGGCCCUCCAAGUCCCUGAUGUCCAUCUCCAACACGGGCUCAGGUGGAUCAGGUCUGCUCUCUCACAGUCUGGGACUUAGUAGCUCCCCCAUCACUGAGGAACGCAAGGACGCGAGCUGGAAGGGCAGUCUGGGGGUUCUACUUGGUCCAGAGUUCCGUGCUGAGUCCCUCAGGACAGAUUCAAUUUCCUCGUCCCCCUCGCCUGUGCUCCCCUCCACCCCUAUGACGGCAGGACACUCCAAGACGGGCAGCAGGGACAGCUGCACGCAGACCGACAAGGGCCAGAGUCAGGAGAACAGUAAACCCAGCACCCCGGCACUGCAGAGCAUGACGCUGCCAGCACGCCUGUCAAACCCCAGUCCAGUCUACAUCCCAGACCGGCUCGCAGAUGUUCCAGUGUUUCACAGCAGCACCCUGGAGAGGAGGCUCCCCGUGCACUCCCAUCCCCAGCAGCAGGCCCCACCUCCCACACAACAGGAAGUAGACAAUGACAUGGUGGAGAUCCUCAUCUGACACCAUGGCACCCAGCAAAACUUUCACUUAUAUGAAUGAUUGGACGGCAGCUCGAUCAGAAAAAAAAAAA